AUGGGAAUACCCCUCACUCUCUACACGGAUGAACAACUAAUACUGAACUGUAAACAAACAUCGGACUAUUUGGGGGGUUUAAGUAGGCAGCAGGAUGCAAACACUUUUAUUGACGAAAAUGUUGUGAACGACAGAUGGACUUUGAGGCGCACAGCCAGUGCUGCAAAUAGGAAUUAUAGUGUUAGCACUGGGAGUUUUCAUAUGGGGAGCUACUGGUGUGCGUGGAAUGAUAUAGGAAACAGCUGUGUUAUUGGAAACGGCGCAACACUCCCACGGGUUGUACAGCUUGCCGGACUAGAUGUUGCCAGGGAGCAGCCAAGUUGUGUUGUGAUGCUAUCAGACACCGAGUUGGCGUAUGGCACGGAUCACGGAAAACUGGUCUGCACGAAUAUCGAGAGUGGAAAUGUUUCUGAAGAAAUACAACUCUCCAACAAUCCCAUCUGUCGCAUUUGGGACGAUUGCAACGGCGGCAUCGUGGCUAUGGCACUUGCAGAGGCAACUAUUUACCACUUUAGACGUGACCGUGCUUUUUCGGUAUCACACUACCGCCUACAAAUGAACACAGAGGUCACGUGCGCAGACCUGAGUCAUGAUCGGCAAUACUUGUGUGUUGCCGACGACCACAGGCUGUACUUUUUCCGGUGGGAAGCUCGCGCCACGCCAUUCCGCACGCUUGAAGUGUGUCAGUUAGGCAACCUAGAACACAUCACACGCAUUUCCUGGGAUCCGGUCGAUAGGCAGGUUCUCGUAGUAACUAACAGGCGCUUACUUUGCUACGACGUCCGCGACCAUGUUCUCUCUGUCGUCACCGGCCAACCCCACAAUGUUGUAGAAUGGUCUCCAAUGGGCAAGCUCUUCGUCCUUGGUAACUACCAAUAUAGCACACUUCUACAUCUGUUCGAGUACACCUCUUGCGGAAGCUGGUCAUCCUUAGGUUUUACUGACAUAACCACCCGAUUUGGCGUCAGGGACGUCCAACACAUGGCUGUACUAAAAACUCAACUUUACCUCCUCCGCGGCGACUACUGUGCAAGUUAUUGCAUCGAUUAA